AUGGCUAUGCAAUCAACUUCCUCUUCCUCCUUCUCUUAUGAAUUCAACUAUGACGUGUUCAUCAGUUUCAAGGGCACCGAUACUCGCUUCGGUUUCACCGGUAAUCUCUAUAAAUCUCUUUCUGACAAUGGAAUUCGAACUUUUAUUGAUGAUAAGGAGCUUCAGAGAGGUGAAAAAAUCACACCUUCGCUCCUCAAGAACAUUGAAAACUCAAGGGUUGCCAUAAUUGUGUUUUCUUCGAACUAUGCUGCUUCUUCAUUUUGUUUGGAUGAACUUGUCCACAUCAUUCACUACUUUAAGGAAAAGAGUCGUCUUGUUCUGCCAGUUUUCUAUGGCACGGAACCUUCUCAUGUGAGACAUCAGAAUGACAAGUAUGGUGAAGCACUUGCUGAGUAUGAAGAAAGGUUCCAAAAUAACAAGGAAAACAUGGAGCGGUUGCAGAAAUGGAAGAUUGCUCUUACCUACGCAGCUGACUUGUCUGGCUACCAUUACAAUUUCAGGAAAGAAGAAUAUGAAUACAUAUUUAUCAAUAAGAUAGUUACAGAGAUUUCCAGCAAGAUCAAUCGUGUUCUUUUACAUGUUGCCGAUCACCCUGUUGGCCUCAAAUCUCGACUGCUGCAAGUAAAGUCGCUUCUGGAUGUUGACUCUGAUAAUGGAGCCUGUCUGAUUGGAAUAUAUGGAAGUGGAGGAUUGGGUAAAACAACACUUACUCGGGCAGUUUAUAAUUCGAUUGCCGAUCAAUUUGAAGGUUCGUGUUUCCUUCACAAUGUGAGAGAAAAUUCAGUUAAAUAUGGCUUAGAAUAUCUCCAAGAGCAACUCCUCUCCAAAACAAUCGGAUUGAAAAUUCAGUUAGGACAUGUUAGCGAAGGAAUUUCAAUCAUAAAACAAAGGCUACAUCAAAAGAAAGUUUUGUUGAUUCUCGAUGAUGUUGACCAACUAAAGCAGUUACAGUUUUUGGUUGGGGACCCUGGGUGGCUCGGUCUUGGGAGCAGAAUCAUCAUUACCACACGAGACAAAUAUUUGCUAUCAUGUCAUGGGGUUAAAAAAACAUAUGAAGUAGAUGGCUUAAAUGAGAAAGAAGCUCUUGAAUUGUUUAGAUGGAUGAGUUUUAAAUGUAACAAAACUGAUUCUAGUUAUGAUUAUAUUUUAAACCGUGCACUUAAAUAUGCUUCUGGCCUUCCAUUAGCUUUAGAAGUAGUAGGUUCCAACUUGUUUAGAAAACCUAUAGCAGAAUGGGAAUCUACAUUAGAUAAAUAUGAACGGAUUCCACAUGAAGAUAUCCAAAAGAAACUUAAAGUAAGCUAUGAUGCUUUGGACGAAGAACAACAAAGUGUUUUUUUGGAUAUUGCCUGUUGCUUCAAUGGGUGUGAAUUAACACAAGUCGAAGAGACACUUCAUGCACAUUAUGGUCAUGGCAUAAAAAGCCAUGUUGGAGUAUUGGUUGACAAGUCUCUUAUAAAGAUUAAUGUUUAUGGUUAUGUGACAUUACAUGACCUGAUAGAGGAUAUGGGUAAAGAAAUUGUCCGACAAGAAUCACCAAAAAAGCCUGAAAAACGCAGUAGGUUGUGGUUUCAUGAUGAUAUAUUUCAUGUUUUAAAAGAAAAUAAGGGAACUAGGAAAAUUGAAAUGAUUCACUUGAGUUCUCCCUCAACUGAAACAAUAAUAGAUUGGAAUGGAGAGGCACUCAAAAAGAUGACAAAGCUCAAAACACUUAUCAUUGAAAAUGGUCAUUUUUCUAAAGGUGCAAGAUAUCUUCCAUGUAGUUUGAGAGUAUUGAAAUGGAAUAAUUAUUCUUUAGAGUCUUUACCAUCUAGGUUUAUGAACAAGAAGUUCGAGUAUAUGAAAGUUUUCACAUUUAACAAUUGUCAAUAUUUAACUCAUAUAUCUGAUAUCUCAGGUCUUCCAAAUUUAGAAAAAUUCUCAUUCGAAAAUUGUAAUAAUUUAAUUACGAUUCACAAUUCGAUUGGGUAUCUCAAUAAACUUGAAAUCUUAAAUGCAAAGGGUUGCAGUAAACUUGAGAGUUUUCCACCCUUACAGUUGAUCUCUCUUAAGGAAUUGGAACUCUCUAAGUGUAGGAGUCUCAAGAGAUUUCCAGAGUUAUUAGGAAGAAUGACAAAUAUAAAAGAGAUUUGGUUGUUUGAAACUUCCAUAGGAGAAUUGCCAUUUUCAUUUCAAAAUCUCAGUGAACUUCGUGAGUUAAAAAUUAGGGGAUGUCAAAUGCUCAGGUUUUCAAGUAACACUGGUAUGAUGCCAAAAUUGUCGAAGAUUACUGAUGUGGAUUUUCCUCUUCUAUUUCCAAAUCAUAAUGAUAAACUGAGUUCCACAGUAUCUUCAAAAGUGGAAUAUCUUAAUCUCGGAAAGAACAACCUCUCUGAGAAAUGUCUUCCAAUAGUUCUCACACGGUUUGCUAAUGUGAAAUAUCUAUACCUAUGGAAUAACAAUUUCAAAAUUCUUCCCGAAUGUCUUGAUAAAUGUCACCUUAUUAGAAUCCUUGAAUUGGAUGGCUGCAAGUUUCUUGAAGAUAUUAGAGGGAUUCCACCAAAUCUAAAAAAGUUUUCUGCAAUCCGAUGCAAAUCACUGACUUCCGAGUGUAGAAGAAUGUUAUUGAGUCAGAAACUGCAUGAGGCUGGAUGCACCGAAAUUUGCUUGCCAACCGGAACUGAGGGGGUUCCGGGUUGGUUCAAGCACCAAAAGAGUGGAAAAACAACUUUUUUCUGGUUUUGUAAAGAAAUCCCUUCUAUAAGUUGUAUUAUUCUGGUUCAGUCUGAAAUAAUUAAACUAACAGUCAAUUUGUUUGUCAAUGACUACAAAUAUACUCUUUCUGAUGAAGUCCUGUUUCUUCCUUACCUUCUCAAGAUGCGAUCGAAUCAUACAUAUCUAUUUGAUCUAAAAUUGGAAGAAAGCAUUAAAUGCUAUAACCGGAUUUUUGGGACACUUGUGUGUGAGAUGGACGAAGCACUUUUGAAAAAUAAAUGGAUCCAUGUUGAGCUUAUGUUAGAGAUUCAUCCGAAUUUCAAUUAUAAUGAGUAUGAGGAUGAGAAGAAGAAAUUGUUAUGCAGGGAAGAAAUUGGAAUAUACAUGUUGAACGAGAAUGUCAAAUUCUUUAGUCUGGUUAGAAAGUCAAAAACAGAUCCUAAUGCAUCAGGGCGUUUCCCUCGGUUGGAAAAGAAAAUAUUGGUGGACGUGAAAGCUUCCGAGGCAGAAGAAGCUGUGUAG